UAGACCAUCUCCUCCUCGACUUUCUUUGGCUUUGACACGUUUCAGGGAAGCCCGAGCAUCUUCGUUCAGUAAGUCACCAUGACGUCCUCAAUCCGCACGGGACUGUCGGCAUUGUCCCUGUCCUCUUUGCCAGUGUCCAGCUCCCGGCGGGCAAUGAGCGUGUAUGGCGGUUCCGGCGGUAGAAAUGUGCAGGUGUCCUAUGGCACCGGGCUCAGCUCGGGCAUAGACUUGGGCUGGGCGUCUCUCGGCACGGGUGUCAUGGAUGGAGGCAAGUUCGACUUGACUGGCAGCGAGAAAGUGACCAUGCAGAACCUCAACGACCGUCUGGCCACUUACCUGGACAAGGUGCGCUCCCUGGAGAAUGCCAACGCCAAGUUGGAGCGUCAAAUCCGCGAGUGGUACGACAAGCAGACCCCGAUACUGAGAGAUUACUCCAAGUACGAGGUGAUCGUCACUGACCUCCGCAAAAAGAUCAGUGAUGCUGCUCAGACCAAUGCCAGGUUUAUGCUGCAGAUUGACAAUGCAAGACUGGCAGGAGAAGACUUCAGAAUUAAGUUUGAGAAUGAGCUGGCCGUACGCAUGUCAGUGGAGGCAGACAUUGCUGGACUGCGCAAAGUCAUCGAUGACCUGACUAUGGCUCGCACAGACCUGGAGAUGCAAGUGGAGGGCCUGAAGGAAGAGCUGGUCUACCUGAAGAGGAACCAUGCUGAGGAGAUGGCAGCAUUGCGAAACCAAGUGAAUUCAUGUGGUGUGAAUGUAGAAGUGGAUGCCAGACCCCAGGAGGACAUGUCUAGGACCCUUGAUGAGAUCAGAAGACAGUAUGACGGUAUCACUGAGAAGAACCGCCGUGAUAUGGACAACUGGUAUAAGAAUAAGUUUGACGAAUUGAACAAGCAAGUUGUAAGCAGCACGCAGACCCUUCAGACCUCCCGUACUGAAAUUUGUGAGCUCCAGAGAACAUUACAGGCCCUUCAGAUUGAACUCCAAUCUCAGCUGAGCCUGAAAGCUGCAGUGGAGAGUCAGUUAGCAGAAACAGAAUCCCGUUACAGCCUGCAGCUGAACCAGCUCCAGGCCAUUAUCAACACCCUGGAGAAUGAGCUCAGCCAGAUGAGGUUGGACAUCGAGAGGCAGGCAUCAGAAUACCAGAUGUUGCUUGACAUCAAGACUAGGCUGGAGAUGGAGAUUGCUGAAUACAGAAGAUUGCUGGAUGGAGAAGAUGUAAAGACCAUCCAAAUUGUCAAAGAAAUAAAACCUCAACCAGUAAUAACCCAGAGAAGGAAAGUUGUGAUUGAGGAAAUCGUUGAUGGAAAAGUGGUGUCCCGCACAGAAGAUGUGGACGUUGAUUUCCACAAGUAGAAAGAUCGGAUCCCACCAGACAUAUGUCAAGUAAUACAUUUAAAAGUAAUGUAACACCUAUUAUUGCUAUUGGAUUUCUUUGCGACAUAAUGUUGGUGUGUCAUUUGAAUAUGUCAAAAUUCACAAAAAAAAAGUAAUAGGAACAAAGAGAUGAUUGCAGUUCACUGCCUUGUCAAAUGCCUUCUCUGUCAAAUGCCAAUAAAAAGAUUUGUGCGAGCGUAAAA